CCUUCCUCCUUACUAGAUCGAUCGAGUAGAGAAAAUGUUUCCAGAUAUCCAAAUUCCUUCCCUUAAUUAUCAUGAUGAUCUUCCUCUCUUUACCUCUCUAGUUGUCCUAGUGAUCCUAGUUCUUCUGAAUCGGCAGUGGAAGAAGAGGAGCCAUACUAGUCUAAUUGAUGAUGGUAUUCUUUGGUUGCCCCCAGGGCCAUGGAAGCUACCUCUUAUCGGAAACUUGCAUCAGUUAGCUUUGGCUGCUGGUUCUUUACCACAUCAUUUCUUAACAGACUUGGCCAAGAAAUAUGGUCCUAUGAUGCACCUCAAACUUGGACAAGUAUCAGCCAUCGUCAUAUCAUCACCUGACUUAGCCAAGCAAGCGGUGAAGAUUUUCUCAGACCGACCAGCUGGUUUUCUUGCUGUGGAAAUCAUGUCUUAUAAUUAUUCAGGCAUAGUUGCUAGUCCUUGUAAUGAUUACUGGAGAGAAAUGCGCAAGGUUUGUGCCUUGGAGCUCCUAAGUGCAAAGCGUGUGCAGUCGUUUUCAUCAUUGAGAGAAGAAGAGACAUGGAAUCUUGUUCAGUCAAUUACUCAAUUGUCACAGCCAAUCAACCUUAGCGAGAUGAUUUUCUCCACUGUAAACAGCAUUAUUGCUCGUGCAGCCUUAGGAAAAAAAUGCAAACACCAACAAGAGUUUACAUCAUUGAUCCGCGAAACGAUUAGGCUUACUACAGGCUUUGGUGUGCCAGAUCUGUUCCCUUCACUCCAAUUCCUCAAUCAUGUCACAGGGACCAAGUCUGCCGUUGAAAGAUUGCAUGGAAAGAUGGACAUGAUUCUUGUUGAUAUUAUCAAUGAUCACAAACAAGUACUAAAGAGCCAGAGGGCAUCCGGUGAAGAUCAUCAACACGAAGAUCAAGAUCUGGUCGACGUGCUUCUACAACUUCAAGAGUCUGGUGAACUUCAAUUCCAACUCACAGCCAACCAUGUCAAAGCUGUAAUCUUGGAUAUUUACUCUGCUGGAAGUGAGACUUCAGCAACUACUAUAGAGUGGACAAUGGCGGAACUUAUGAAAAAUCCAAGAGUAAUGGAGAAAGCACAGGUCGAGAUACGCCAAGUUGUUGCAGGAAAGAAGAAAAUUCAAGAGGCAGACAUUAAGAAACUAGACUACUUGAAGUUGGUAGUAAAAGAAACGCUACGACUGCACCCUCCUAUUCCCUUAAUCCUAAGACAGGCAAACAAAAGAUGCAAAGUCAGUGGAUAUGAUGUACCGUCUGGAGCCAGGGUCUUGGUCAAUGCUUGGGCAUUAGGAAGAGACCCGAAACAUUGGGGCACCAAUGCUGAUUGCUUUGAGCCUGAGAGGUUUCAAGGUUCUUCCAUUGAUUUUAAAGGGUCCGACUUUGAAUUCAUUCCAUUUGGAGCUGGUAAGAGACUGUGUCCAGGCAUCUCAUUUGGAAUUGCUGCUAUUGAGAUUGCACUUUCUCAGUUGCUCAACUACUUCAACUGGAAACUCCCAAAUGGGACAAACCCACAAGAGCUUGACAUGACUGAAUCUAUGGGAUUGAGCACUAGGAAGAAAAACGAAUUGAAAGUGAUUGCAAUUCCUUUCUUUCCAUAAUGCUAUUGGGUCAAUUAAUGCUACUGGAAACGCGAGUUAGAAGUCUUAGCCUCUUUCUUUUCGUUCUACCCCACUGUUGCCAAGCAGGGGAUGGCAAUAACUAAAAGCCUAUAAUUUUAGAUUGAAUCCUUUGUUUAUUCUCAUGUGUUUGGUAGCUGUAUAUUGAGAUAUCUUUUAUAUUUGAAAUGUACUAAGUACUAGUGUUGCUUUAUGAGCUUA